CUUGGCGAAUUCCUGUCGUUGUUUGUAGGCGCUCUGUCAGAGUGAAGUUAGUUCGUAUUUGUGUUGUUGUGUCAGUGUUUAGGUCCUCAAUUAUUUCUAUGUACUCCUCAGUGUAGGUGAGUCUUUUCGAGAUGGCAACAGGAAUUUUUCAAGUGAUUGCACGUAUGUGGAUAGAAAUAAGACAUGGAAGAGGGCAUUUGAUUGAUAAUAUCACUGGGAUGACAGACAAAGAGAAGAAACUUAUUGUGGAUUCGAAAGCAGUUUUAUUGGCAGAACCGCUAAAAACAGGCAUUACCAUAUUACUUAAGUUUUUCGAAAAGUUUCCACAUCACUUGAAAAUAUAUCUUUUCAAAGAUCUAUCUCUCGAAGAACUGAAAUCCGAUAAGGCAUUCUUGGAGCAGAGCACAAAAUUAAUGAGCGCUAUUGAAAUUUGGAUAAACAAGCUUUACAAUCCAGAAGAGUUGAAAAAUAUUAUCGCACAGACAGGUGUAGAAGAUAAUCUUCCUAAACAAUAUUAUUUGGAUUUUCAAGAAGCCUUCAUCGACUACCUCAUUCCGUUAGUGGAUAAGAAAACUUUACAGGCUUGGAAAAAGUUUAUGGCAUUCGCUACGAAGACUAUAAUAUCUUCUUUGAAAUGAUGCUUUGUUUGAAUGAAUCGGCUAUAUUGUAAACUACUCUUAUAUUGCUCGAUCAUAUUUAAGACGAUGCUUAAAUAAAUAAUAAAUUAACCCAGAAAUAUAUUAAAUCGAAAAAAGAAUGUGAAUUUUCGACAGAAUAAACUAUAAGUGAGGAUAUGUUAGUUUAAUAUUAGGAUGCUUUCACAUCAGACCACCAAGAUUUUACCAUAUUGUUUGUUGUUUAUUUUUAAUUACCAAUAGGCAAAAAAUCGAUAGGUAAGCGCUCAGUAAUUUUUUUGUAAUGGGCAUGUCACAUUUUCAUAAUAAACAACAACUUUGAAGCAUUUAAUGCAAAUUUUGCAUUAUUAUUGCCACUAUUAUUGCUCUUUGUUAAUUUUAUGCAUUAGGUAAUACUCUUUUCGACAAAAAAGACAUUUCGCUUCAACUUUGAAUUGUGUUUUUAUACCUGCUUUUUGCUAUUUGAUGUGUUUACUAUGCUAACACUCCUGAUGUCACUGAGUAUAAUACGGGUAUAUUUCUCCUACCACUGCUAUGAAAAGUAGCCUAUAUAUUAUAUCUCAAUGAAUUUGGAAACUAUGUAUUUCUCUUAUUGUGAGAAAUAUUAUUUUGACGAGUGUAAACAAACUGCAAAUUGUUUGUAAAUAGCAAAAUAAAAUUAUCUAAUCUUA